AUGGCAGCAGCUGCGGUCACCGUCUUGCAUUCAGACCGAGCUGCCUUGAACAUCAAGACGGAGAAUGAGAACCUCAUGGUUCUUCCUCCCCCCGAGCUGCACAUUCGCAUGGGCACGCUUGAGAAGCAACGAGUUGGAGCAACAGUGAACUGGGAGCCAAGAACCGCUGUUCUCACGGCACAGAAGCUUUACUUCUCCAAGAAAGACACAGACAUUAUCUUGGACGAAAUCCCAUUGCAAGAAAUCAGCGAGAUUCUGCAGAAUGCAGAACAAGGUCAAAAGCUGAAAGAGCCACCGUCGAUGGUCAUCCAGACUGUUUCAGGCGGAUACAACAGUGGCAGAACAUAUGUUUACCGAGCUGAACAGGCAGAGGAUCACGAAUCUUGGUAUGCCGACCUGUGCUUGUACAGGGACAAAGCAAUCCAGUAUCAAGAGAGGUUGGCAAAGAAGAUGCUCAAUUCAGGGAGUUCGUUCAAUCAGUUCAGACAGAGAGUCCUUGAAAUCUACGAGUCAGGCCCAAGUCAAGCCUUCUUUGCCAGUCUCAUAUUCGCAAGUUUUGCCAUCGAUCUCUCCCAGGCAGAACUUCUUCCUCCAGACGGAACUUAUCGAGCCAAUCAGUUCGACACUGCCGAUACGGUCUUCACCGUGCUCUUCACGCUUGAGCUCUGCAUCAACUUGUUUGCAAGGUCCAAGCAUUGGUUCAAGGCUUUUUUUGCAGACGGAUGGAACAUACUCGACGUAGUAAUUGUUUGCGUGUCUUUGAUGACACAAUUUUCCUCCGGUAUUCCUUCUAUGAAGCCUCUACGAUUGAUCCGCGUGUUUAGAAUAGCCAAGAUUUUCAGAAGGCUGACAUCACUGAACAAGAUCAUCACAGCCCUGGCCUCCGCUCUUGUUCCUGUUGGAAACAGUUUCCUUAUUCUCUUCCUUGUCACCUGCAUCUGGGCAGCGUUGGCGACUCACCUGUUCAGUUGGGCUUCUGCGGUCACGAGAACGAUCUUCGAGGAUGGGAUGCUCAAGACUUCAACCGACUACGGCAUCGCCAUCUUCUUCGUCAGCUACGUGCUCAUCGCCGGUGUCUUUUUGAUCAACGUGGUGGUGGCGGUUCUGUUGGAUGAAUUCAUCUCGUCGAUCCAGAAGAGGAAGCAGGCGAUGCAGCGCGAGCACGAGGAGCUGGAGGAGAAUCGCAAGGACGCCAAGAGGGCCAAGGGCGUCCUAGACCCUCUGACCAGCCACCUCGCCAACUUCGUCAACGACGUGGACUUGAGCUUGAAGAUCAAACAGACGUACGAGCGGCUGGAUCAGGACGGGUCAGGCGGUCUCAACCUCACGGAGUUUCAGAACGGAGUGAAGAAGCUGCCGACGGCGAACCCGAUGCACAUCCUGGAAGAUGACUUCGACCUGCUGACGGAUGGAGGGAGGCUGUGCAACGAGGAGGGGGAGUUCAGCUCCACUCAGUUCCAGACGAUGAUGCGAGAGGAGCUGCGGAGAUUCUCUCAGAGAAUGGCAGCGAAUGCGAUGAGCGAGACGCGGAGCCAGGAACUCAAGUCCAUCCUCCUCAUGCUCAAGGUGAUGGACCUCAAGAGCGAGCAGAUGGAGCGAGAUGAUCGAAACCCCAAGUCGCUCAGCGAGCAGGACAGCAAGGCUCUCGCGUCAACUGUCUUCGACGUCUGUGACAAGCAGAGGAGAGGAAAGUUGAGCAUGCAAGAGGCGUCGCGGGGCUUCUCUUAUCUCAAGGUCCCCUCUGAUCGGCACGAGGAGAUUUUCAACGGGCUAGGAGGAGAGGAAGAGGGUGGCAUGACGAGGGAGCAGUUCCUGCGAGCAACUGUCUUCGCGCAGCAGCAGCAGGAGCAGCAGCAGGAGGACCGGCUCCACUUGAUGCAGCAGCAGCUGACGAGGAUGCAGAAAGAUCUGGCAGCGGUCAAGGAGAUGAUGGUUACCUUGUGCCAAGGACGAGACGGGGGGGCCAGAUGGGCGGAGGAGGAGCAGGACGUGAACGUUCGACUCCUGUCUCCUCCUGUCCUCUCCAACGGCAACGGGCACCUGCCACUGCCUGAGAAGAAGAAGAAGAAGAAGAAGACGGCUUCGACGAACGGAGAAGAGGCGUUCCAGCUGGAGGAGGGGCCCAGCUCAGCUCGAGCAGACGAGGUGCUCACGUACUUGUCGCUCAACUCCGACCACAAGAAGGAGCGUGUCAAGAUCGUGGACAAGACGGGCAGCAGGAGGUCCUCCUCCUCCAUCCUCGUUGACUGCGACGUCGGGCUAGUCGACAAGAAGGACGCGAGGAGGAGCGUGAGGGAUUCUGAGUCUCCCCGCUCCUCCACCCCAAGGAGCGUCAGCAGCGUCGUCACACCAAGGAAGAAAGAGCGGAAUCUGAGCCUCUCCCUGCUGGAGUACAACACUGUGCUCAACGGGGCACGAGGUGCAAGCAAGAACGACAAGUUCAUAGAUCAGCCGAGGUCUGCAAGAAGAAGCUCGGAGCAGCCGCAGACGGUCGGGAGGAGCUGGGAGGACGAGGAAGACUUGUUCGAGAUCACACGAAGAGCAAGAUGA